GAAUAUUUUCUGUCACAGCAAAAACUUAUUUAAAGGACACUAAUCAUAUAUUAUGUCAAGUAACAUUGUGCAUCAUAGACAAAACCCAAAAGGGAAAAAAAAAAAAAACGAUGCUUCUUCUACUAGUUCUUGUUCUUUGUUCUUCACUAUUUUUAAUAUACCAAAUACUGAAUAGGCAAAAGCAUCUCGAUCAAAAUUCGACGGCCAAUAUUCCUCCAGGCAGUCGCGGAUUGCCGUUGAUCGGCGAGACCAUUCAGUUCAUCAGAGCCGUUAACAGCAACAAAGGUUUCUACGACUUCGUCAGAAAUCGUCACAUUAGGUACGGGAAUUGUUUCAAGACCAGAAUAUUCGGCGAGACUCAUGUUUUUCUAUCGAGCACGGAGUCCGCGAAGGCGAUUUUGAACAACGAAUCAGGAAAAUUCACGAAGAAAUACAUCAAAUCGAUUGGGGAGCUAGUCGGAGAUCGAAGCUUACUCUGUGCGUCUCCUCAUCAUCACAAGCUCAUCCGCGGCCGUCUCGCGAAUCUGUUCUCGACGAGUUCGGUUUCAGGUUUUAUCAGACAAUUUGACGAAUCGAUCAUCAAGACUCUCGGUGAAUGGGAGAACGAGGGCACUGUGAUCGUACUGGAUCAAGCACUCGAGAUAACAUUCAGAGCAAUGUGCAAAAUGCUGAUGAGUUUAGAGAGUGAGGAUGAAGUGGUAGAGAUGUUGAAGGAAGAUGUUGCUUCUAUUUGUAAAGCCAUGCUUGCAUUCCCUAUCAAGCUACCAUGGACUAGAUUCUAUAAGGGCCUUAAGGCGAGAAGACGAAUAAUCAACACACUGGGGAAGAUUAUGAGUGAAAGAAGAUGCUCACAAACGGAACGCGAAGAUUUUCUACAGUAUCUUUUAACAGAGGAUGAUAAGGCAUGUUCAGAUGGAAAUCCAAGCCUAAUGACCGACGCUGAGAUUCAAGAUAAUAUCUUGACAAUGAUAAUUGCAGGACAAGAUACAACGGCAAGUGCAAUCACAUGGAUGGUCAAGUAUCUAGGGGAGAAUCAGAAGGUUCUGAGCCUACUAAGGGAUGAGCAACUUCAAAUAGCUGAAAAGAAUCUAAACAAGUCAUUUCUUUCACUGGGAGAUCUAAAUGAGAUGCCAUAUGCUUCUAAGGUGGUUAAGGAGUCCUUGAGGAUGGCAUCAAUAGUGCCAUGGCUACCAAGAUCUGUACUCCAAGACUCCGAGAUUGAAGGAUUUAAAAUAAAGACAGGGUGGAACAUCGACAUUGAUGCUAGAUCGAUACACCUUGAUCCAAUGAUCUACAAGGAUCCUAAUAAGUUCAAUCCUUCAAGAUUUGAUGAUGAAGCCAAACCAUAUAGCUUCUUAGCUUUUGGCGUGGGACCAAGAACAUGCCUGGGCAUAAACAUGGCUAGAGCCAUGAUGUUAGUGUUUCUCCACCGUCUUGUCACCACAUUCAAGUGAGUGGGAAGUGAUGGACUCAGACUCAAGUGUUGAGAAAUGGGCGCUUUUUGCAAGAUUAAAGAGUGGGUGUCCUGUGUAUGUGAGAAGAAUUGAUGGGUGAUUGUAAUGACUAGUUAAACAACUUGUGUACUAACAACGUGAUGCAUGUAACAUAUAUACUAUUGUAAUAUGUGCAUUUUAUUUCAUAGUAUGUGGGUCUACAUAGUCUUGGAGAUCUUGGAAUAUAUACAUAUAUAUUUUGGUAA